UACCGCCUGUGGACGUCAUGCGUCCACGCGAUAUGUUACAAAACCACGCGAGACUGGCUUCUUGUUUAUUCUCGAAAGAUGGCGGCGGCGCCUCCAGAAGAGGUUAGCCUGGAGUCUCGAAUCAACAAGGCCACCAACCCUCUGAACAAGGAGAAUGACUGGGACAAUAUCAAGGGAUUUUGUGAUCAGCUCAACAAUGAACCAGAAGGUCCUCAGCUUGCAACCAGACUUCUGGCCCACAAAAUCCAGUCUCCUCAGGAGUGGGAGGCUUUGCAAGCGCUUAUGGUCCUUGAAACGUGCAUGAAGAGCUGUGGGAAGCGGUUCCACAUUGAAGUGGGAAAGUUUCGUUUUCUCAAUGAGCUCAUCAAGGUGGUUUCCCCCAAGUAUUUAGGUGCGCGGGCUCCGGAUCCAGUGAAGAAGAAAGUGUUAGAGAUGGUGUACAGCUGGACGGUGAAGCUGCCAGAGGAGAUCAAGAUAGCAGACGCAUAUCAGAUGCUGAAAAAGCAAGGUAUUGUCAAACAGGAUCCUGUGCUUCCUGAUGACGAGCCCCUCCCACCCCCUCCACCUAGAGCUAAAAGUGCAGUUUUUGAGGAUGAAGAGAAAUCUAAGACGCUGUCUCGCUUAUUGAACAGCACUCACCCAGAAGAUCUAAGAGCAGCAAACAAGCUCAUUAAGGAAAUGGUUCAGGAAGAUCAAAAGCGAGUGGAAAAGGUAUCAAAGCGAGUGAACGCCAUCCAGGAGGUGAAGGAGAGCGUCAGCCUGCUGAGCCAGCUGCUGGAGGGCUACAGUAAGGAGAGCUGCUCCCUGAGCAACCAGGAACUCAUUAAGGAUCUGUACCUGCGCUGUGAAAAGAUGAGGCCCACCCUUUUCCGACUGGCCAGCGACACGGAGGAUAACGACGAAGCCCUGGCGGAUAUAUUACAGGCCAAUGACAGCUUGACACAGGUCAUCAAUCUGUACAGACAGCUGGUAAAGGGGGAGGAGAUAACAAAAGAUGGCACAUCAAUGCCCUCACAACCAGGCAACAGUAGCUCAGCACUCUUGGACCUGAUGGGGCUGAAUGCAUCAGCCAACCCCUCCAGCCUACAGACCCUUACUCAGAACGUGGGUAUCAGCCUCUUGGAUGAUGAACUCAUGUCUCUGGGAUUGAAUGUAACGGAGAACUACGACUCCCAGUCUGCUGAUAGCACAGAAUCUUCUGCUCCAUCGGCAUCGACUGCAGUGUUGCUACCAGCUGUGGUCCAGACACAGCAUGCUCCGCCAGCAGGGGGCUCCACUGCUCCUCCUAAAGCCAUGGAAGAGCUGGAUCUGCUGGGGAAGACAUUAAUUCAGCAGUCCUUACCUCCAGAGAGCCAGCAGGUCAAAUGGGAUAAGGUCCAGCCUCACUCCAGAGUCACUUUACGAGAUCUCCAGACAAUGUCCCACACCAGUUCUAGACCCGCUCCUCCUGCAAACACCACCUCCUCUGCUCCAGCUCCAGGGCCCACGUCCGGCCUGUCCGUCCAAUCAGAGCAGCCCGACGCUCUCCUCCUCUCUAACCUCAGUCUCACAGCUGCUGGCGACCUCUAUGACAGCAUCUCUCUAAGUGACGUUACUGUGCCUCUGGAGUCAAUCAAACCGAGCAGCCUGUUGCCAGUGACCGUAUUCGAUAAACACAGUCUCCGGGUUUUGUUCACCUUUGCCCGUGACUGUCCUCCGUCCCGGCCGGACGUGCUGGUGGUGAUCAUCUCCAUGCUGUCAUCCGCCCCCAGUCUUGUCACCAACAUCCGCUUUCAGGCUGCUGUGCCCAAGGUGAUGAAAGUGAAGCUGCAGCCUCCCUCUAGUACUGAGCUCCCAGCCUUCAACCCCAUCCUGCCUCCAGCUGCCAUCACACAGAUCCUGCUGCUGGCCAACCCACACAAGGAAAAAGUACGUUUGCGGUUCAAGCUGACGUUCAACCUGGGGGACAAAUCUCACGACGAAUCUGGUGAUGUGGACCAGUUUCCCCCUCCCAACACCUGGGGGAACCUUUAGUGUGAGAGAGAGAGAGAGAGAUAAAGCACCCACCUGUCAUGUGACCUGCUGCUUCCUUUAGAUUUAGGAUGAAGUUGUCCCUCAUCACUGGCAGAGGCCACAUGGUCUCAAACGCUCGGUAAGACCAACUGAGAAGAGACCAGUUGUGGGAACCCGCUUCCACCUUGUGCCUUCCUUCACAGCCUUCCUGUCCUUUACGCCACCAUCUUCAUGCUCCUGUGUUUUGUUGCCACUUUCUCUUCUUCUAUCAAUCAGCGCAGCGAUACAUGAUAAAUACAGCAAACCGUCAGAAACAUUGACUCAAUGCAGAUGUGGAGCCUUCCUAAAACAAAAAAAAAAAAACUGAAUGUGUGCAUCUGUCUGAUUCCAAAACUGCAAGUCCCAUGUCAUGUGAAUUACAUGCAACAGCUGGAAUCUGACAAUUAAGAUUAUUCUUAGUUUUUUUUACACAACCUGAAGCAGAUGUGUGAUGCAAACCUAACUUGGGCUUCAACAUGUUACCUAUUUCCGAGUAUCGUCACCACCUGUGUGUCCACUGUUUGCUUUGAGUGUUCAGUCAUUGUUUGUUUUACAUCCAUCAAUACUGUUUCACAGCCAAACUCUCAAACUGCUGAAAGUGAUUUUCAAGAAGUCCAACAACUCUACCAAAAGUACCCCCCCCCCCCACACGCCAAUACAUUAUAACCUAGAUAUUAUAAUAGUGACCUGAUGGUACCUGAUCAGAACUGAAAUUAUUUCAAUUUAAGAAUGAUUAAUGUUCUUAUAGUUUCAGCACAACUUCAGUGUUUUCAAGAAGAGUGGAUGAAACAGAAAAUAGUAUUAUGCUCACCUUAUUAAAAUCUCUUUUCUAAAUUGAUGAGCAGUGAGGAUGCUGGAAAGACACUCAUUAGAGUUCAUACCUCUGCCAAGUCCCAAAAAUCCCUUUUUAUAAAACUUCAUUUAAAUUCACUAGAUUUUUAUUUGAAUCAACACCACAUCGAACACACGUAGACAUUGCUCCCCUAAACAUGCCUGAUUUCUGUCAUCAAUGUCUAUUAAUUAUUCUUUUUAUGUCCCAACUCCCCUCCAGGUUUCGUAGAAAUCUAUUGAGUAGUUUAUGCGUAAUCUUGCUAACACCCAAACCAACCAACCUGAGGGCAGGGUUAAUAAUUACUAACUCCCACAUUUCGAAUCCUUAUAGCUGUUUUCCUUUGGUUUCAAUGAAGACAAUUCAUCUGAUAUGCUGUUUGAGAAAUUCAUCUGAUAUGCUGUAAUAACUGUAGAAGGACCAGGAGAACCAAAUUAUCCAUGGAGCACAGAUAAUGAAUUGGCACUUUUUUAAGUGUUUUCUUGGUUUUAAUGCACUGUCAUUUAUUUGAAAAAUGUUAAGGCUGGGUUGUGUGUCCGAGCCUCGGCUGUCUUUUUACCAUGUCUCCAUGUCCCAGUAAGCAGUGACAGUGGUGCAGACAGUCGGCAUGCACAUGCACAUGCACAACACCAGGAAAAAACUGCAGCAGCUAAAUGGAAUUUCAACGUUUUCCAUAUAUGAUUUCUACCUGAGUGAUUGUUUUCUGUGUAAACGGCCCAUGAAGGAAGGGCACGGAAUCUCUGCCCCUUUAAAAAAAAAAAAAGUACCUUUUUUACUGCACUUUUCUUGUGAUCAGUAGAUUGGGACGCUGUUUAACAUUAUGUUCACCUCAGGAGUUUGAUCUGGAGAUUCUCGUUCUCAACAUGCACUUGUUUUUGUUUAAAUUUUGCACAUGAAAUCAUUCCAUUUAGCAGGAUCUUGUUUAUUUCUUUUUUUUCAUUUGCUGCCUCUCUACUGUUGAAUGACCCAAAGAGGGACAUGGGAAGUCCUGAGCUGAUGUCAUGUGACAUCCAGUUUGAUUCUACCACAUGUGCCUGAGAUGGAACUUUAGAUUUUUUUUUAAUUUUUUUUUAAUUUACUCUGUACAUAUAUGUAAACAAAUGACAGGAUGGAUCUUGGUUUCUGUUUUCAUGUGUUCAUGUCCUCAUCAGAAAAAGACUCUUGACAAACACACAAUGCAUCAGAUGAUGUUACAGGAUCAUCUGAGCAUUCAUGGCCACCACUGAGUUGACCAGAGCACGGUUCUAUGAUCGCUUCUUAGAUCAUGAAGAAGAAAAUAUAAAAAAAGAGAUUGGAGGCAGAAUGGUUCCACCUGAGAUUCUGAAAUACACAUUCAAUCUUAAACAUGUGAAGUAGAGCGUCAGCUUUUGAUAUCACAAAUUGCCUGUCAUAAGGUUCAACAAUCUGUACACAGCGAAACUACCCAUCAGGGGAGCCUCUUCCAAAGGGAUCCAUACUUAUGUGCUGUGAUAUCAAUUUAACAUUAAUACUUGAAACCGUUAAAGUUCAUAUUGAAGAUCACACAGUGCAGUGCCAUUACUCAUCCUUAUAGUGUUGUAAUACUAUAAAUCAGCCACUUGAUUUGUAUACAGACACAUUUUCACUGUUAAUUUAUCAAUAACAAGCAAUAAUCAGAAGAAGAGCAGCCUCAGUGACGAUCUCUUCAUGGUUCGAUCAGAUUGUAAGUAAUGAGCGUCUAUGCUACCGGUAUAACUUGAACUAUGCACUAAGGGGGCUGCUACAGACGUGGCAGGUUUACGCAAUCCAGUUCAGAUUUAGCUUUUGUCAUCGCAAUAAGAAGUUAAUAACAGGCUUCACUUCUUCAUCUCCUUAAAUAUCAUCCUCUUCUAACUGAAGUAGCCUUGAGUAGUCUUAAUGAGGAUGUUUAAACGUGUCCCGUCUGUACGAUGUCAACAGUGACUGUGACUCUUGCUUCUUGUCUAAAAGGUUUUGUUGAAGAGCAUGAACUGGAUCUAAAUACAAGACUUACUGGUGCAUUAACUGCCCCUGAGCCAAAUGCCAUCACAUCAGUUGAAGCCAUUAAAUUCAUGUCUGGCUUUAGUUUUCAAUAAGGUUCAUUUAAAGAGGCAGAGUGUCAUCUUUCAACAACCCGGUUAAACCUGGCCUUACACGUGGCCUAGCAUGGUGCAUGCAAUGCCUUAAUUUAUUGAUCAGACUGGAGCUCCCGUAUUAACCGGGGCCAGAGAUUUAAUUGCCCCCCCUGUGUAAAUUGUUGCCCCUUAAUGCCCCCUGAUUCAGAGAAACCCUUGAUUUACAACUUUUUAAAAAAAACCUCCAAACUGGAUUUUUCAGACUGACCCAAAAAGACGCUGAACUCAGUGGCAGCAGCUUGAAGAGCAAGUGGCAAGCCUCCCACCAGGUUCUUUUCCAGCUGAGCUCCUAUUGUAAAUAUAAGCUUCUUGCCAUGAUGUAUAUUUACCAAUAAAAGCGACACAUGUACAUACUGAUAAAUGUGUGUUUAUGGCAAAUAAAGCCGUUUGUACUUCACCUGAUGUACAAAUAAUUUGAUCUCCAA